CGCACAGUGGGGAGAGACCUUACAAAUGUCAACAAUGCAGGAAAGCCUUUAAGCAUUCCUCGGCGCUCAUUGUGCACCGGAGGAUUCAUAAUGGGGAGAGGCCUUAUAAAUGUAAGCAGUGUGGAAAAGCCUUUACUCAGUCCUCGUCCCUCACUGCCCAUCAGCGAACUCACAGUGCAGAGACCCCUGAUCAAAGUCAGGCGUGUGGGACGGCCUUUAGGUGUUCCUCAGACCUUACUCUGCACAUGCAGACUCACGGUGGAGCCUCGCCCUUUCAGUGUAAAGAAUGCAAGAAAGUGUUUAAAGGUUCCUCAGCACUGACCCUACACAGAAGGAGCCAUGGUGGAGACAGGUCUUAUCCGUGUAAAGAAUGUGGGAAAGUUUUCCCUCGCUCCUCACAGCUCACCCGACAUUUGCGCGCUCACAGUGGCGACAGGCCCUAUCCGUGUACAGACUGCAAGAAAGCCUUUAAGCAUUUCUCGGCGCUCAACUUACAUAGAAAGAUUCAUGACGGAGACCGGCCUUUUAAGUGUAAGCAAUGUGGGAAAGCGUUCAUUUGCUCCUCCCGGCUCACCAGACAUUUGCAAAAUCACAGCGCAGACAGGCCUUAUCUGUGUGAGGAAUGUGGGAAAGCCUUCAAAGAUCACUCAGCACUCGGUGUACACAGGAGGAUUCACAACGGAGACAAACCUUGUCGAUGUCAGCAAUGUGGGAAAGCCUUCAUUUUCCCCUCCCAUCUCACGGUUCACAUGCGAACUCACAGCGGAGACAGGCCCUAUCGGUGUAAGGAAUGUGGAAAGGCCUUUUCCACCUCCUCAGCCCUCACCACUCAUAUGUGGACACACAGUGGAGAGCGGCCGUAUGAAUGUCAGCAGUGUGGGAAGGCCUUUGGCCAAGCCUUCAAACUUAGAAAACAUCAAAGGACUCACAGUGGAGAGCGGCCUUAUGACUGUGAGGAAUGUGGGAAAGCCUUCAGGGAUUCCGCCAAACUCACUGUACAUAGAAGGGUUCACAGCGGAGAGAAGCCUUAUAAAUGCCAGCACUGUGGGAAAGCCUUCACUUGUUCCUACCUUCUCACUAGGCAUUUGCAAGCCCACAGCGGAGGAGACAGGCCCUAUCGGUGUAAGGAAUGCGGGAAGGCCUUUUCCACCUCCACGGUCCUCACCAUUCAUAUGCGGACACACAGUGGAGAGCGGCCGUAUGAAUGUCAGCAGUGUGGGAAGGCCUUCAGCCGGGCCUUCAGCCUCACGAAACAUCAGAGAACUCACACUGGAGAGAGGCCGUACGACUGUGAGGAAUGUGGGAAAGCCUUCAGGGAUUCCGCCGCACUCACAAUUCAUAGAAGAACUCACAGCGGAGAGAAGCCUUAUAAAUGCCAGCACUGUGGGAAAGCCUUUACUUGCUCCCCCCAUCUCAGUAGGCAUUUGCGAACUCAUGGUGGAGGAGACAGGCCCUAUCGGUGUAAGGAAUGUGGGGAGGCCUUUUCUAGCUCCACGGCCCUGACUGCACAUAUCCGAACACACAGUGGAUAGCACCCACCUGAAUGUUGGGUGUAUGGGAAAGCUUUGCCAAGCCUCACACCUAACUGAACAUGAUAGAUCUUGCAGUAGAGAGAGGCCUUAGGAAUAUGCGGAAGGUUUUACUUCUCACAUCUCACUAUACAUUUGUGAAAUAUAGUGUGAGAUGCUUUAAUUGAAUAACCAAGCAGCAACAGCCCACGUGGAAGAAGCACACCAGCCUGUGUGAUCACGAGGUGCCAAAGGGAUCAGUU